AAAUGUCGUUGGCGAUUUUACGACGCCGUGUCCUGUAUCAUUUUACGGCAACAUGGCAGCCUGCUGGCUACGAGCUGUGAUCCGCUCGGAGAAUCAUGGAGCUGGAGACGAACAGUAUUAGACCACGCGGUCGGUAACGGGGGGUCCGGGAAGGUUAUGAUGAUGAUGUGUUUUCAGAGGAUUUCAAAUGUUCGCUAUGUGGUGUCCGCGCGGUGUGCGGGUGCGUGUUGGCUCCAGCCAGCGUCAUGGCGGCACAGACACACACCUGUCACCGAGUGCGCGAGGUUGAAACAGUCUCAGGUGAACGGUUCGUGGUUUUUGAGACUCAGUGGGACAGACAGUCGCGUCGCGUGCUUUAGCGGUGUCCUCCCCCAGGUGAAACCGACAGCCUGGCACGAGCAAGGAGCCGUGCUUCUGUACCGGGGAGGUCACGAGAGGUCGGCGGCUAGCUUCCGGUCUCUGCUGUGCCCGAAAGUUCGUGGGCUUUGCAGCGUAAAGAAGAACGAGACACCGGACAGCUCCCCAAAUGCGGACCGGAAUGAAGUCAGUGCAGUACCGGGACACGGACUCUUCAAGUUCAAAGAGCUGUAUGAGAACCCAUGGACGAUCCCCAACCUGUUGUGUAUGUGUCGCAUUUUGCUUGCUCCAUUCCUUGGUCACCUGAUCAUCCAGCAGCACUUUCACCUCAGUCUGGCUCUGUUUACACUGGCUGGAGCUACUGACCUGUUGGACGGUUACAUUGCCAGAACAUGGCCCACUCAGAAGUCGGCGUUGGGCAGUGCUCUAGACCCACUGGCUGACAAAAUUCUUGUCAGUAUUUUAUACGUCAGUCUCACCUAUGCUGAUCUCAUACCAGCUCCACUGACGGCUCUAGUGAUUUUCAGAGACAUUGGUUUGAUAUCUGCUGUUUUCUGGAUCAGAUACAAGACAGUACCUCCACCAGUGACACUUAGUAAAUUUUUUAACCCCUGCUACACCACAGCUCAGCUCAAGCCCACACUUUUCAGCAAGGUGAACACAGCAGUCCAGCUCUUUCUGGUCGCAGCUUCUCUGGCUGCUCCAGUCUUCCAGUAUACAGACAGUGUCCUGCUGCAGUGCAUAUGGUAUGUAACAGCGGUGACAACAGCAGCGUCAGGCUAUAGUUACUGGCACUAUGGCCGCAAGACUGUCCAGGUGCUGAAUACCAGGUCACCAUGACGGCCACACCAGAAAACACCCAGAAGGCAGAACAAAAGCAGGGAACAGCCGCCACAGAGACUCUGAUCAGCCAUGGCAAAAGUCAGACAGACAGAUGGACGAUCGCCAAGAGCACUGAAACCAAGUAGCUGUGACAACCGUUUAUGAGUCACCAUAGCAAUGACAUGUGGAAACCAACCAAUGCCGCAGAUGGUUUGCUGCAACACACUACAGAAACGCCUAACAGCAGCUCUGCCACCGGACCGACUGUGGACAAGAGACGCACAGAUAAAAACAGCAAACACAAAUAUACACCAUCUAACCACACAUAGUACAUACCUUUACACACACACAAUCAAGUGAUCAGGCAAGAGCUUCUGUUUUUUCUUAGUUUUAUCAAUCAAGAGGCUGUGAUGUCAACCUAAUCAGCGUCACAUGAGUGUCAAUUUUGUAAAUCAGUGAUUUAUGAUUAAAAAAGAAAAUAUG